UAUAGGUCAAGGUCUCAUCAUCAAGGUCAUAGAACUGUGGGGUCAUCGGCAGUUGUUUGUAGAACUCAUCCUUUAAUUUACAAAGAUGGCUGAGGUCGCAUCCCCGGCUAGAAGGUACAGCAGAAAAGACAGUGUCUUGGCAACUCCCGGAAAAGAAGGUCAGCUGGUUGAUUUUGGAGCAUGGGCUGGCAAUUCUAUAGCAGUCUUCACAAGCGGAGGAGACUCUCAAGGCAUGAAUGCAGCUGUAAGGGCAGUAGUACGGAUGGGGUUUUAUCUGGGCUGCAAAGUAUAUCUCGUGAAGGAGGGCUACCAAGGCAUGGUUGAUGGGACUGAAAAUAUUGUUGAAGCCACCUGGUCAAGUGUUUCUGGAAUUUUGCAGCUAGGAGGGACAGUUAUAGGCAGUGCACGUUGUAAAGAAUUCCGAGAACGUCAAGGUCGACUAAAAGCAGCAGAAAAUUUACUGAAGUUCAAUAUCACAAACUUGGUGGUGAUUGGUGGAGAUGGCAGCCUCACUGGUGCAGACUUGUUUCGCCAGGAGUGGUCCAGUCUUCUGCAGGAGCUUGUCCAGAAUGGUACUGUGACUCAGGAGCAGGCCAUUCAGUGUCAGCAUCUUAACAUUGUUGGCAUGGUGGGUUCAAUUGACAAUGACUUCUGUGGCACUGAUAUGACCAUUGGAACCGACAGUGCUUUGCAUCGUAUUAUUGAAUGUGUGGAUGCCAUAUCUACCACGGCAUCUAGUCACCAAAGAGCAUUUGUUCUUGAAGUGAUGGGAAGGCAUUGUGGUUACUUGGCACUGGUUGCUGCCCUUGCCAGUGAGGCAGACUGGGUUUUCAUUCCAGAAUGGCCACCGGAAGGCGACUGGCGCACCACCCUUUGCAACAAGCUGGCUACUGAGCGUAAUCUUGGUCAGAGACUGAACAUUGUUCUGGUGGCAGAGGGUGCAAUGGAUCGAGAAGGCAAUGCUAUUUCAGCUGAUGAUGUGAAAAAUGUGCUGGUUGAGAGGCUGCAUUAUGACACACGUGUCACUGUCCUGGGUCAUGUACAGAGAGGUGGCAGUCCAUCCGCCUUUGACAGAGUUUUGGGGUCGAGGAUGGGUGCUGAAGCAGUGUUAGCACUGAUGGAUGCAGGACCCGACACACCAGCUUGUGUAGUCUCACUGGAGGGUAACCAGACUGUGCGUGUUCCCCUGAUGGAGUGUGUUGCCAGGACCAAAGCUGUCCAAGCAGCUAUGGAUGAGCGUAAUUUUGAGGAGGCAGUGCGUCUGAGAGGAAAGAGUUUCCAGAACAAUUUGAAUACAUACCGUCUAUUGAGCAAGUUGCGCCCUCCCUCCAGUCUUUGCACCCAGCAGGGGUCUGCUACAUCAACUUCUUUAGGUCCAGAGAUGAAUAUAACAGUCACUGUGCAGAUUUCAAAGGGUGAUGCAGUUAGUGAAAAGUUGACCCACCGAAACCUGGCUGUGAUGAAUGUGGGGGCACCAGCCUGUGGAAUGAAUGCUGCAGUACGAUCCUUUGUUCGUCUCGGUCUGACACAGGGCUUCCGCAUCCUGGCCAUUGAGGAAAGCUUUGAUGGACUGGUUGCUGGACGUGUAAAACCAUUUACUUGGCAGCAGGUCCAAGGUUGGGCUGCCUGUGGUGGAUCACUCUUGGGCACAAAAAAGCAGCUUGCUCAUGAGGUUGGUCUCGGUAAUAUUGCCGAGAAGCUUCGCGAGUUUAAGAUUGAUGGUCUACUGAUUGUCGGUGGCUUUGAGGCUUUCCACAGUGCUUAUGAGCUUGGCCAGAACCGUGCACAGUAUCCUGCCUUCUGCAUUCCUAUAUGUGUGAUACCAUGCACCAUCAGCAACAAUGUCCCAGGAACCGACUUCUCUCUUGGUGCUGAUACAGCUUUAAAUGAAAUUAGUGAUAUAUGUGACCGAAUCAAGCAGUCAGCAACAGGCACCAAGCGUCGUGUGUUUGUUGUGGAAACCAUGGGUGGAUUCUGUGGUUACCUGGCUACUCUCAGUGCCUUGGCAGCUGGUGCUGAUGCUGCAUACAUUUAUGAGGAGAAGACAACCAUCUCAGACUUGAGGGAUGACGUAUACCAUCUGAAAGAUAAGAUCCUGAAUGCUGGUGUACAACGUGGUCUAGUGCUGAGGGCAAACACACCUCAAGAGAGGGUUCGUUAUGAGAAUGAAAACGCCAAUCCCAACUACACUACCAGCUUCAUCCACCAACUUUUUGCCGAGGAGGGAAAGGGAGUGUUUUCUGUGCGAAUGAAUGUUCUUGGGCACAUGCAGCAGGGAGGAGUACCAUCCCCUUUUGACCGCAACUAUGGCACGAAAAUGUCAGCUAAGUGUGUGGACUGGUUCAAGGAACAUAUCAACAAAAAUACUACACAGUCUGGUCGUGUGGAAGCCAGGCGUCCGGACUCCGUUGUUCUGCUGGGAAUGCAGAAACGUUUCCUUUAUUUCAGUCCCAUCGAAGAGCUUGCCAUCAAUGUUGAUUUUAACAAGCGCCUUCCCUUGGAGCAAUGGUGGUUAAAGCUGCGGCCUCUUCUACGCAUUUUGGCCAAGCACAAGGUGGGAGCUUAUCAAGCCGAGGCAGAGCUUGCUGACUUGGAUGAAAUGACCACCUCAGACAAUUAUUAAGUUUUCUGUUGGCAGGGUUCCUGGUCCCAUGGUGUUUUGUUGAAGCUGUUCUGUGUCUGUUGCACAUACCACACUGAUUGUUACUUGUUUAGGGUGGGACCCUGGUUGCUAUGUGCUGUGAUGACAAUGGCGUUGGAUGUAGACGACUUUUUGUGUUGUUCUUUGUGUUGAUAAUUCACAAUGUGAUGGUAUGUAAACCAAUUAUUAGUGUUUGUUAACCUCCUCUCACUCCCUCUUUUCAUCGUGUUCAUUAGAAUCAACUGAUUGUACAUGAACAUCAUCUCCUAUUUAAAUAAAAAAAUUAUUCCCAUCUUUAAAAAUUGGAACAAAACCAGUGGCAUAUCCCUAUUUCUUUAAUUAGUGAGUUGUGUAGCUGGCUACGAAAGACCUCUCCAUUUGUGCCCACUGCAUGUUUUACUUUUGAAUUCUUUGUCUCUGCACUUCGCCUGAUGCUUCCAUUGCAAAGGACAGGCUUGUUUUACAUUGUUUCUAUUUUUAAUAGUUCUUGCAUGAAUUGUUGUUGACAUAUGUUGUUGUGUUAUUUUUAGAAAUCAUGCACCAGAUGAGGAGUGAACAUGCUAGACAAGUCUGCAUGGGGCAGGGGUAUGUGUUAAAAUAAGGACAGCAUUCACUAAUACCAAGGAUUAGCAUAAGGCUAGACGUAUAAUUCUGACAUUUGCAUUUGUCUGGAUUUGCUGAAGUCUACCCUGUGCAUCUUAAAGGCCGAGCUUCUCGUAACGAAUGGAAUGCAAAAGGAAGAAUGAAUGACAUGAUGAAAGCAUGACCUGAUAUGUAAAGUGUCCUGCACCAACUGUGGACAUUCCUUGUGUCAUGUUGGUGUGUUGGGUAUAUGAUGUCCAGCAUCUAUGGCAUUUAAGAUGGACUUGAACCCUGACUGCUGGUGUAGAGGGCUUACAUUCCUCACAUCUUUCCACAAAGUCAGAAGAAGUUCGGCCUUUAACUACAACGGAAAUCCCUAUGGUGUUGUCUGUAAGUUUAACUGGCAUAAUUCUUGUGUAAUACAUGUAAUCAUGUUGGCGAGCAGAUGCUUGCAUUGAAGAACUUGUUAUCACUGUGUGCUGUAACACCUAUAUGUGUGCGCCUCACAGUCCAUUAAUUGUGUGAGCUUAUCCAUCCUGUUUAACUUAUUGUAGGCUCCCUUGUGUGGACUGCUAUUGGGAUAUAUCUUUUUUCUUUUUAUUCUGCUGUGGUUCACUUUGCCAGUUUUGGUCCUCAUCUAUAGUGUGCAUAUUCAAAGACCAGUUCUAGAUUUUUUUUUUUUCCCCCUUGUGUAUAUUUUUUUCUGUUUUAAGAAAACAGCUUUGGAGACAUACGCUUACUUUUUGGAGGAAGAACUGGUCAGCAACUUUGCUGAGCCCAUCUACCCUACUCUUAAUUAUCAUAUUUUAUCAGUGAUUCAAAAAUUGCUUUUUUGUUUCUACAGUAUUAGAAAUGUGCGUCAUCCAGGCUGUUAGCUUACAUAGUGUUCUAGCUAUGUCAUCCGCUAGUUAAAAGAGUUAUGCAUAUACGAAAAGAGAGUAUGUGUAUGCAUCCACACAUGGGAUUGUAUGUGUAUGUCUGAUGUAUGCGUGUUAUUUUAAUGGCAAGCAGUUUCUCCAGGUAGUCUUUUCAGGAAGAUCUCACUAUCAUAGGACUGACACAUUUUGCAUGAUCAUACCCAACAUCUUUUCACUACUGGGUUUUUGUGUUUAGCAAUCAAAACUGAUAGACAGUGGUUGCCUCAGAAUGUACACAGAACAAAUUUUUUGCAUUUAACUUUUUUGUUAAAUUAUGCUUAACAGCACUCAAAAAUAGAUGAGAAUAUGUGUUAUACUCCAUGUCUUUAGAUGGUGUUACAGGAGUUUUUUUAAGUUGGGUCUUCAACUGUCACAUUCCUGCAGCAUACUGUCACUAGGUGUGUAACAUGUGUUAGGGGUCACCCAUAAGUUUCUCAAACUACUAGAACUAAGAUCUUAAAAGUCUGUUAAAGUAUUUUUAAAAAGUGCUGGUUGGUGAGGAGAGAAGAAAAGCUUUCAACUGAAAUUAUCUUAAAAAGGGUAAUAAGCACAUUUCAUGACAUCAUUUUCAGAUCAUUAUUUCUGUUAAAAAAGUAGUUUAGAUGUUUGAUUUCUUUUUUUUAAACAGAGACAAACACUGCAAUACUCUUAGUGCAAAUAAAACCAUAUUUAAAAAUGCACUAGAAGUCACCCAACAAACUGCCAUGCCAGGUAAACAUAUUGAAGGCCAUCUUAAACAGAAAAGACAAUGCUGAAAGUUGUGUUCACAAAAGACACAAGGCUGUUCAUUGCUGUGGCUGGGAGAAGAAUUUAACAAAAUUUUAGUUGUUUGUCUAGUGCAUACAGUAAAAUCUGUUAAGUUCUUAAAGAAUUGGCUUUUGUAAAUGUUUGUUCUUUAUACUUCUAUGGUUUCACAGCUCCAACCAGCUAUCCUUCAUCCCUUUAUUUCUUCUUGAAGUGGGUGGAUUGGACUGUUGGGAAUUUGCUACCAGACAGGAAACUCAACAUAAGACUGUUUUUUAGGGAGGGGGAGGGAGUGAAAGAGAGGAGGAAACUAAGGGGGGGAAGGGGGAUUCAACCUGGGUGUUGAUGAAAAGGAGCAAGGCUGGCUACAUAAUCAAAUUUCCAUUUUGUUAACUCAUGGCAGUUGAAGAAAAAACUAACCAGCUGCUUGUUGUAGCAUCAUCUUAAAUUGUUAUGCUGCUUUAGGAUUUAUGUAUGCACUUGACUGCUUUGAGCCAGAAUUAUGGAAUUUAAAAUUGUUUCAAAUAUUUUGCACAUUCAUUUUCAUAUGGCCCUUUUUGUUGCACUGGGUAGUGAGCUAGUUUAAUGACAUGUAAAAUAUGGGCGACUAGUCCAAGCAGUUUGGCACAUAUUGAGAUGACAUCAGUAUUUUAAGAUGACAAAUCAGCAUUGUUGUGGUAGGUACUAUGUAUGAUGUUUAGAACAUGAGUCCAUAUUUACAGGGUUUUGAUUUUUUACAAUCUACAUGGGAAUAUUAGUGAAGCAUGCACCAAAUUCCAGUUGUUGCCAUUUCUGUUGAUUUGCAAUCGUUAUUUUGGGCACAGUGUAGAACUAGCAGCUACACUUAGCAGCGCUCAUGGUCUUGACUCCUCCACCCUUACCCCCAAACCCAACUACCAACCAGAAACAAAGAACUUACAACUUUUUAAAUGUAUUUUGCGUUUUGAUAUUUUAGCUUACAUAAUCGCAAGCGUUUAAUUUUAAUUUGAGUGCCAGUCCUUGCAGCUUGCUGUCUUUAGUUUUGUGUGUAGUCUUGGCUGACCCGAUUACUAAAGUUUAAGUGGAGUUGCAAACAUUAGUUUUAAUUUGUUUUUUGUGCUUUUUUGUACACCUGAUAUUAUUUCUUUGCCAGGAAUUGAUAGCACACGAAGAAGGUAACGUUUGCCCUUGCCAGUUAUAAAGCGGCGGAGGUCGUUGAAGGGUUGGGGAUGGGGGCGGGGAACCGCAGAAGAAAAGAAAAACAAUAUCCGUGAAAAUAUCGUCUUGUGUCCAGGUGCGUGAGGAAACAUUUUGGUAGUGUCGCCGAUUCUUGCUGUGAACAUUUUAAAAUUUUUGUUAUCAAGUUUUCGUUCUUCAGUCAGUUCACAGUUGGCCAUCUAAAAUGCAUGUGGAGCAGCAACUGACUUACGGAGCGAAGAGCCAAGACACUCGUGCGUAUGUAUCGGUGUAUGCACACGCCCUGGUAGCUUGUUUGCUUCAGUUUGAAUUGUAAAUGGGUGUUUAAUCUUUUGUAAUAAACAAUUGUAAAGAGUGAUAUCGGACAUAUUCAAAGAAAACGAACAAAGUGCUUUAAUUCACAAGGAAGGCUCAUAGUAAGAUGCAGUGUCGUGGUACUUCAUCUUCUUGCAUUGGGUGGACAUGAUGCAGCCACCAGUGUUCCAGUAUGAGUUAGGGGUGGACGUCUCUGGCGUGUGACUAGGUGCGAACUCUACUCCUUUCAACUUUUUUUUUUUUUUUUUUUUGAAUUGGUCACAACCAGGUAGACUGGUUGAAGACAAGAUCUGAAUCCGACAAAUCUGAAUUCAUCCCUUCCCGCCUUGUGUGAACGCUGCUUUUGGAAACUGUGGUGUAAAUACUGGAAGAUAGGGUAUGCAUGCGAGCGGCCAUUAUUUUGUCGGUGCGUUCAGGAAAAUUGUUGUUAGGAAACUUACUUUUUUUAAGCCAUUGGUUAUUGACCGUCAGCUGAGGUUGUAAGUGAAUUUGUAUAUAUAUAUUCAGUUGCAGCUGGGUUUUGAAAAAAAAUCAUUUAAGCUGAUUUUACUUGCAAAACUGUGCAGUAGCUGGAGUCACUACAGCAUCGGAUGUCUUUUUGUGUCUUUCUUACCCGGAUUAGGCGUUAGAGAAUUUAGACCAGUGCAGUUUUGCAGUAUCGAUGGUUUGCACUUCUUGUUUAUGUGCAUGAUUCCCAUUUAGUGCGUAUGUACUUUCGCUGUACCCAGAAAGUUGUGUGCCAUUUUUUUACCAUUGUUUUACUCCAAUAAAGCAGUCUAGCGCCAC